AUGUUUCUCUCCACAUAUUACGCUGCUUUAGAUCAGAUUAUUACUGAGCAUCAAAAAAUCACUUCCUUUUCCCCAGAAAUGGCGGCGCCAAUGGUCAAACUCUCAUCAGGUUAUGAGAUGCCCAUGGUGGGUCUUGGAACAUGGCAAAUCAAGCCGGAUAAAGUAGGAGAAGCUGUCGAAUCAGCCCUCAAAGACGGCUACAAACAUAUUGAUUGCGCCUGGAUGUACAAGAAUCAGGAGGAUAUUGGUAAAACAUUGAAGAAAAUAUUUUCCUCUGGGCUCAAGGAGCACGUCAAAGACAUCCUCAAACAACUUCAGUUGGAUUAUAUCGACCUCAUGCUUAUCCACUGGCCGAUGGGGUACGCUGAAGGAGAAGACCCAAUUCCAAAGAAAGAAGGAACCGAUGAAAUCAAAUUCUCCGAUGAGGAUUAUCUCACUACUUGGAAAGUUCUGGAAGAGUUUGUCAAAGAGGGCAAG